AUGUCUACAUCCCCAAACACCGACGGCACGACCCCUUCGUCAAAGCCAGAGAUGCUCCACCAAGAGCACAAACAACCAGACCGCAAAAUCGGUUUACGCUCACGCCUUAAACACUUCACAUUCGCCUGGUUCCUCUCAACAAUGAGCACAGGCGGUCUCGCCCUCGCCAUAGCAGAAACACCGCAUCAAUUCCCCGGCCUCCACCAAAUCGGCCUAACCCUCUUCAUCCUAAACAUCGCUCUCUUCCUCCUCCUCUGCACCUGCACAGCCCUCCGCUUCCUCUACCACACUUCCCACUUCCUGACUUCCUUCCUCCACCCAUCCGAAUCCUUCUUCGCCGGGUCCUUCUACCUCUCCCUCAGCGUCAUCCUCGCCGGCAUCCAAACCUACGGCAUCACCCACGGCCCCGCCUACCCCUGGCUCAUCGACGCCGUCUACUUACUCUACUGGAUCUACGCAGGUGCUUCCCUCGCAAACUCCGUGUUCCAGUAUUGGAUAGUGAUUCAAAGGGGAAAGGGUAUUCGGCCAUGUUGA